AUGAGCGCUGUUACCACUCUAUUGGCGACCAUUCCUUCAAGUUUUAUGUUAUACCGAAACCCAACGCUUUUGAAUCUAAAAUACGCUCUGUUGUGUUUUACUCGUAAUGGACAAACACCCGCUCUGUUGCCUCUGGUUUGUUGUCAUCUCAACGUUCAGGUGCUUAAGAAAUUUGAACGAUAA